AUGGAACAAAUUCGUAGAGUUAUGCGACCUACAGACGUACCAGAUACAGGUUUACUGUGCGAUUUAUUAUGGUCAGAUCCGGAAAAAGAUACCACCGGAUGGAGCGAAAAUGACAGAGGAGUAUCAUUUACAUUUGGACAGGAUGUAGUUGGUAGAUUUUUACAAAAACAUGACAUGGAUUUGAUAUGUAGAGCACAUCAAGUGGUAGAAGAUGGAUAUGAAUUUUUUGCCAAAAGACAACUUGUUACACUAUUUUCUGCGCCUAAUUACCCAUGGAUUAUUAUCUCACGUAUUUAA